CGUCACAGUGACACCAUGACAGUGGCACGGAUCGUGUUCCUGUUGGCCCUGGCCGCCCCACCCUCCUCACGAGCCCAGGAGUCGUUUGCUAGCUCCCUGCUGUCCGGUCUGCUAGACACCCUGGACACGCAGGUGGAGGCGAAGAACUGCCCGGGCACCUGCAUGCACACGCUGGCGGCUCUGCUGUGCACAGAGGUGCUGGACGAGGUGGAGUGCCCGCAGCCCACCAUGAAGUGCUGUGCCGCUGAGACUAGCAAUGAGACAUUGGUGACGACCCAGCGUCCCCGACCGACGCGACACACGACAGUCUCCUACGAUGACUACGAGGACGCCACCACGGAGGCGCCGCAAGACAAAUACAAAAACAGUGGUAACAUCGCAUGUCCGGGCGUUUGCGUAGAAUCCCGUCUCUCUCAAUACUGCGAGGCGUACCUCAACUCCCCGGACCUGUGCGUCAAGGGGCGGCUGUGCUGCGUCUCCAAGGACAACUAUGGAGACAGACCUCCCCCGGACCUCGUGGUGCCGAAUGAGAAGAAGUAUUCUACUAAACGGCCGACUACUGCGCUAACAACAACGCCACCUCCAAAGCCCCGGCCAGGCCGCAAGUGCCGCGGCGACUGCAUCUCAGGGCUGUUCUCUCUGCUUUGCGACAACGUGGACGAUGAUGCCGUGUGUCCUGGCGAGGGUGUGUGCUGCAUCACCGAGAAUAAGGCUGUAGAGACUACUACUAGGAGGCCUACUACUACUACACCUCCCCCCCUGCCGCGCUGCCCAGGGCACUGCAUGCACACCAUCAUGCGCGCGUUCUGCAACCCUCCUGCCGUGAUCCUGCACAGAACUGACUGCAACGCUGACGGAUGGGUGUGCUGUGAUAAUACCAGAGUGCCUCCUCGCACAACGAGACGUCCCACCACCACGACGACGACGACAACCACGACCCCCGCCCCCGCGGACCCGCGCCCUGACUGCCCUGGAUCCUGCAUCGUCUCGCUGCUCUCCUUCACCUGCUUCCGGAACGCAGAGAUGACAGACGUUUUCAAGUGCAAGAAGGCAGGCACGCAAUGCUGCGCUCCUAAGUCCAAGGUUCUAGAAGUGGUGGGGGGCCGGCCAGCCAAUGAGAGCGCGCCGCUGCCGCUGCCGCAGCCAACCACGAACUACCAACACUACACCACUGUGCUCGCGCAUACUCACACCACGCCAAUGGGUGAAUCUCAAAAUAACGUUCUAUUAAGUCAAAUUGAAUCACCGUACGAGCCGAGCUACGGUACAACGCUAUCGUCGACUGAAAAAUACAAUAAAUACGUGUGUGGCGUUAAAGGCACGACAUCCCGUUCAGCUCGUCGCGCAGGCCGCGUGAUGGGCGGUGAGGACGGCGAGCGCGGCGAGUGGUGCUGGCAGGUGGCGCUCAUCAACUCGCUCAACCAGUACCUCUGCGGCGCCGCGCUGAUUGGUACUCAGUGGGUGCUUACUGCUGCGCAUUGUGUUACCAACAUCGUCCGCUCAGGAGACGCGAUCUACGUGCGAGUCGGAGACCACGACUUGACGCGCAAGUACGGCUCGCCCGGCGCGCAGACGCUUCGAGUGGCGACGACGUAUAUACACCAUAACCACAACAGCCAGACGCUGGACAACGAUAUCGCGCUGCUGAAGCUGCAUGGAAAGGCUGAGCUUAAGGAAGGAGUAUGUCUGGUGUGCCUGCCGGCGCGGGGAGUGAGUCACGCGGCUGGCAAGCGAUGUACCGUCACCGGCUAUGGAUACAUGGGGGAAACGGGUCCAAUCCCUCUACGAGUGCGUGAAGCAGAGCUGCCGAUAGUAAGCGACGCGGAGUGCAUCCGCAAGGUGAACGCGGUCACCGAAAAGAUCUUCAUCCUGCCUGCUAGUUCCUUCUGUGCAGGAGGGGAGCCGGGCAAUGAUGCUUGUCAGGGUGAUGGCGGAGGACCUCUAGUAUGUCAAGACGACGGCUUCUACGAGCUGGUGGGCCUGGUCUCAUGGGGCUUCGGCUGCGGCCGGCAGGACGUGCCAGGAGUCUACGUGAAGGUAUCUUCCUUCAUCGGCUGGAUCAACCAAAUCAUCUCCGUCAACAACCUAUAGUACCCACAGACAAUCUAGGUUUUUCUAAAGAGGUUGGUUUACUUUGGUGUUGCCAGCCUACAAUUUUUAGUAUUGAAAAUUAAAUAAUUUUCGGGUUGUUUAUGAUGAUCCAAAAAGGUGGAUGUGACAAUCAGUCACGUUUUGAUGAUGAGGUAAUCUCGUGAACAAAAAUCUAGGAUUGUUUUAGUAAGGACUGAAGAUUAACAAUGCAUAAUAUUAUAAAUAUACUAUAUUUUCUAUAGUUUACGUAAUCUACAGUUUUACACAAAUUACGUGUAAGACUGCAGAAUUCACAGAUAAUAGAGCGUCCAGUAGUUUUAGAUUUCUAUGUUCCGGACCAUAUCUAUCCCUUUUCUUUUAUUCUCAGUUACAAUGCAAAUAAGGAUCUAUCCUCCUAUAGGUUUAGCUUAGUUUCCAUUAUCUAAAAGAGGGUAAUCCUAAUCAGAAUUAACAGAACAGUCCGUGAGAAAGUCAAACCGUUAUAGAGUUAAGAUGUAUUCUAGUAAAAUGACUGUAUAUCUGCAUUUAAAUAUUAUUUAUUUUAAAUUAUUUACUACUACUAUUUAGUACUCGACGCUAAGUCGUUACGCUGCAAUGUAAAUAAUUACAAAUAUAUCUUGUUUAGUUUUAAGUUAUUUAUUAUUUAUUUAUUUAAGUGUUAUUUAUAUUAUGUCGGCAUUUAGACACUCUCCCACCAUCUCGUCAGUCAAGGUAAAGUCGAAUUUAUUUGUAACUUUUCAAAAAUGUUCAAUUCAGGUUAUAAAAAGCUUUCAGGUUAAUAUAUUUUAUAUCAUAAUAAAGUGAAUUUUCAAAAAUUAAUUCAUGUCUGAAAUGUACGGAAAGUGAAAGGGUCAAUAUACCUGUGUUGUUAAUGUUUGGGACCAAGUAUAUCAAUAGUUUUUAUCGUGCAAUACAUAUUAACCUUCUGAACAAAGCCUUAAAAUAUUUCCUAAGAAAAUCCUCCCCGUGCAUUACAAUAGUUUACUGAUUAGCUAUAGCUAGCAAUAAACAGUUUAUCUUAGUUUUAGUACGAAAACCAAACAAUAAGAUAUAUAUUAUACAU